CGGCCCUUAAGCCCAUGGAAGAAGCGUACUACAAAUAAAAAUAUCUUGCUUGAUAUUUUUUUAGUUCACACUAUUUCACAUUUACGAAAACUAACAAGCUCCAAAUUUGAAAACAUUGGAGAGAGAUGAAGGAAAUUCAAAUUCCCAGGAAAAACUUCGCGCGCUCAUCAGAUCUCGGAGCUAAGAGACUCAAGGACCCUGAGAUGAAGAAUCGAAAGAUUACGACGGAGAAGAGACAGAGCGCAACAUUUUCCGAUGUAUCUUUUGAAAGCACAAAGGAUUCAAUGGAUUUUACUCCGAUCUCUCAGAUUUCUGGUCCGAUCUCUGAUUCCGAGGCUGAGAGUAUUAUUAUGCAAGGAUCGAGCCCAGACUUAUUGUCAACGCCUAAAAUUUGUCUUCCGGCAGAUGAUUCUCCAGUUUCAACGAUUACUAGUGUGGAGGCUCGUAUUGACACUUCUUCUACUGAUCGGAUCCAGUCGAUUGUGGACUUGCCUGCUUCUGUGCAGUCCUUGCGUGCGGAGAUCAAUGAGCUAAAAAAACUGAUCUGUUCGGCUGAAAAUUCUGCAGAAAUUAACUGGGUCGACGGAGUUGUUACUAUGAAAUUCCGCAUUGUGCUUUUGAGUUUCAUCCUUUGGGCUAUCUUAGCUGCGAUUGUGGUCUUCUUCAGCUCAGGAGAGGAAGUUGCUUACCGUGGACUACUUCCAACAUGAUUCUGCAAGGAUUUGUGAGAAACCAGGGACUACUUCUCCUGAAGCGAAACAUGUAAAAGUUGGAAAUAUCAUUUGAAAAAAAUUCAUAUACAGGUUAGUGUUUCAAUAUUAGCCUCUGAAAAGUGUUGUUAAGUUGAUGUUAAAUUUACCAAAAGACUAUUAAUCAUUUCAUAUUAGCAAUUCAUAAUAGACCCGUUGAAAAAACAAUGAUUGAGCAUCAUCUGUUAAUCUAAUCAAUACUUCACUU